UGGGAUAGCCACUUGGCGUUGGGUUCCAAUAGCAUUACGAUCUUUAUGGGCAUGUAUCGUUCGAGAUAAGGUCGCCAUUGCUCCUCGCCUUCCUAAGUUUUCCUUUCUCAGGCGGGCCGACCAUGGUGGCUCCUGCGACUCUCACCCUCGGCCCGUGCGCCGGCUUUGCGCCAAGCCGAGGCAAUGUGCUAUCUUUCCCUCGGAGGCCUUCUCUUCUCCGCCCGCUCAACUCCCACCACAAAACCCGCAACCUCCAUGAUAAGCUCUGCUUUUCGUCACUCCCUGCCAUCAGAGCUGUAGCCGUGGACUCCGAUCAGCUCGGCUCGUCGGAGCCCGCCCAAGAGGAAAAACCAAGGAGGUACCACUUUGUGGUGGCCAAUGCAAAAUUCAUGCUGGAUGAGGAGGAACACUUCAAGGAGCUACUGUAUGAGCGGCGCCGAAACUUUGAGGAGCGGAACAGAGAGCAGGACUUCUGGCUUGUUGUUGAGCCCAAGUUCUUGGACAGGUUCCCCGGCAUCGUCAAGCGAUUAAAUAGACCUGCUGUGGCUCUUGUCUCCACAGAUGGACCUUGGAUGACGUUCAUGAAGCUGAGACUGGACAGGGUUUUAGCAGAAAGCUUUGAAGCCGACGCUCUAGAGGAAGCUUUGGCUUACAACCCCAUUGAUCUUGAAUUCGAAAGGCCUGAAAAGUGGACUGCGCCAUAUCCAAAAUAUGAGUUUGGAUGGUGGGAACCCUUCUUGCCACCAAGCUCCUGCAAAAGCAUGUCAUAGAUCUAAAAUUUUGUUCCUCCCAAAACAAAAUUGCUGGUUUCUUGCAUGUAGCAGUGAAUUUAAUCUGAAAUUUCUGAGUUUGGAGUC